UCUCUGCGUUCCUCCGGGGCCGUGCCCGAUCUCCGCCCGGGGCCGCGCAUCGCCCCCGGCCCCGUCCCUCCCCCGGCCGGGCGGGGGGCGCGGGGGGCGGCUCCGCGCACGGCCCGACGCGGCUGGAGAGGCGCUGCCGCCGCCGCGCCGCCCCCGGGGAAGGGCCGGGGCCGGGCCGGGGUCCGUCCGGAGCCGCCGCCGCGCCGCCCCCGGGGCUGCGGCUCUGCCCGCGCCGCCGCCGCACCAUGGGCAGCCCCGCCGAGCGAAAGAAACUCUGUGGGGGCCUGUCAUUGAGAGAGGAUUUCAAAUGAGCAGCCUGUGACACCUCCCCAUGAGGAGCCGAGGCUGGCUGUGCUGGACACUUCAGCAUUUGAACAUUCCCAGGCUCCAAUGCCUCAGCAGAUCCCGAUGUCAGAGCAGCCCUGGACCUGCAGAACGGCACAUGGCAGAAGGGCAGUGAGCCCCUAGACCAUGCCCCACACGAUGACAUGGUGGCUCCCGGUGCUGGCCCUGCACGUGUUCCUGCAGCCCCCGCGGGCGGGCGCCUGCCCCGCGCGCUGCGAGUGCGCGCCGCAGCUGCGCUCGGUGCUGUGCCACCGCAAGCGCCUCACCGCCAUCCCCGAGGGCAUCCCCACCGAGACCAGGGUCCUGGAGCUCAACAAGAACCGCAUCCGCUGCCUCAACCCCGGUGACCUGGCCCCGUACCCGCUGCUGGAGGAGCUGGAUUUCAGCGAGAACAUCAUCUCCAAUGUGGAGCCCGGCGCCUUCAGCAACCUGUUCAACCUGCAGACCCUGCGGCUGCGGGGGAACCAGCUCAAGCUCAUCCCCCCGGGGGUCUUCACCAAGCUGACCAACCUGACCCUGCUGGACAUCAGCGAGAACAAACUCGUCAUCCUGCUGGACUACAUGUUCCAGGACCUGCGCAACCUCAAGAGCCUGGAGGUGGGUGACAACGACCUGGUGUACAUCUCCCAGCGCGCCUUCUCGGGGCUGCUGGGCCUGGAGCAGCUCACCAUUGAGAAGUGCAACCUGACCUCCAUCUCGGCCGAGUCGCUGUCCUACCUCCAGAACCUGGAGGUGCUGCGACUCCGGCACCUCAGCAUCUCGGCGCUGGAGGACCAGAACUUCAAGAAGCUCUACAAUCUCCUGCAGCUGGAGAUCGACAACUGGCCGCUGCUGGAGGAGGUGUCCCCCACCAGCUUCCAGGGCCUGAACCUCACCUCGCUCUCCAUCACCUACACCAACAUCACAGCCGUGCCCGCCGCUGCCUUGAGGAACUUGGUGUACCUGCGGUACCUCAACCUGUCCUACAACCCCAUUAGCACUGUGCUGAAGGGCUCCUUUAAAGACCUCAUCCGGCUCCAGGAGCUCCACAUCGUGGGCGCUCUCCUGGUGUCCGUGGAACCGCAGGCGUUCUCCGGCCUGAGACAGAUCCGCCUGCUCAACCUCUCCAGCAACUUCCUGUCCACGCUGGAGGAGAGCACCUUCCACUCGGUCAACACGCUGGAAACGCUGCGGGUGGACAGGAACCCCCUGGCCUGCGACUGCCGGCUCCUCUGGAUCCUGCAGCGGCGGAAGACGCUCAACUUCGACGGGCAGCAGCCCAUGUGCUCCUCGCCGCCCGAAAUCCAGGGCAACGCCCUGCGCGACUUCCCGGACUCGGUGCUCUUCGAGUACUUCACCUGCCAGAAGCCCAAGAUCCGGGAUCGGAAGCUGCAGCACGUGACGGCGCGGGAGGGGCAGUCCGUGUCCUUCCUGUGCCGGGCCGACGGGGAGCCCGACCCCUCCAUCGCCUGGGUGUCCCCCCAGCACCGCAUGAUCACCACGCGCAGCACGGGGCGCGCCACGGUGCUGCCCGGGGGCACCCUGGAGAUCCGCUUUGCCCAGGUGCAGGACAGCGGCACCUACAUCUGCAUCGCCAGCAACGCCGGCGGCAACGACACCUACUUCGCCACGCUGACGGUGAAGGGGCGCCCGGCCGACGGCGCCCGCCACGCCAACCGGACUUUGUACCCCGGCGACUUCAACGACACCUUCCACAACGACACCCAGGUCUUCCUGAAGUUCACCUUGGACCUCAAGACCAUCCUGGUCUCCACGGCCAUGGGCUGCAUCACCUUCCUGGGCGUGGUGCUCUUCUGCUUUCUCCUGCUCUUCGUCUGGAGCCGCGGCCGGGGGCAGCACAAGAACAACUUCUCCGUGGAGUAUUCCUUCCGCAAGGUGGACGGUCCCACCACCACCACCGGCCAAGGAGGGGCCAGGAAGUUCAACAUGAAGAUGAUCUGAGCCUCUCCCAGAGGAGAACCGUUGUGUGCUGCCCGGCCCCGGGCACGGCCAUGGCAGGAUGGGGAGCCCAGGAGGGCUGUGGGAGCAACGGCCGUGUCCCGGAGCUGGCAGAGUGA